ACAGACCUUUGGACAUCAGAUCAAAAUAUUUCAUAUAUGGUUGUCACGGGUCACUAUGUGGAUUCAAAUUGGAAUUUACAAAAGCGCACUUUGAACUUUUGUGAUAUUCCACCACCACAUACGGGAGUCGUGAUUAGUGAUGUGCUGCAAAGAUGCUUUCGAGAGUGGGGUAUUGAGGAAAAAGUUUGGACAAUCACUGUGGAUAAUGCUUCCAACAAUGAUGUAGCUGUUCGGAUAUUGAAAGAAAAUCUCUUGUUCAGACACACUUUACCUCUUGGUGGUCAAAUAUUUCACGUGAGAUGUUGUGCGCACAUUCUUAAUCUUUUGGUCAAAGAUGGAUUAUCUUCUAUUCAGGAUGUGAUCUCCAAAGUGCGUGAAAGUGUGAAGUAUGUGGCAGCAUCAGAGGCACGUGUGAUCAUGUUCGGUGAAAUUGCAAAGCAGUUGGAAUUAUCUUCGAAGAAGCUUGUCUUGGAUUGUGUAACAAGAUGGAAUGCAACAUAUUUUAUGUUGUCAUGUGCUUUGGAGUUCAAAGCCGUUUUUCCAAGAUAUCAACAAAGGGAUCCUUCAUAUACUACAUUGCCGAGUGAUGAGGAAUGGGAGAAAGUGCGCAUUGUUUGUUCUUUCCUUGAAGAUUUUCAUGAGAUCACUGAACUCAUCUCAGGUUCUGAGUACCCGACAGCCAAUCUUUUCUUGGUCAAACUUGUUCACAUAAAGUCACUAUUGACUUAUGAGAGUUUAGAUAAAGAUUCAAGUACCACAGCUACAUUUAUGGAAAAAAUGCUUGAAAAGAUGAAGUUGAAGUUUGAUAAGUAUUGGGGAUCUUGUAAUUUAUUGAUUUCUAUAGCGGCUGUUUUAGAUCCUAGAAACAAAAUGAAGUAUAUUGAGUGGUGUGCUGACAAUUGCUAUUCUAGCGUGGAAGGGAUUGAACUUAAAGUAACAGUUUUUGAGACAUUGCGAAACUUGUAUGCUGAAUAUGUAGAGGCUUAUAGAGUUAGUACUAGUACUACUAAUAUUGUGAGAAAUGCUAGUGAUGCUCAAACAGGAAGUUCUAGCAAUGUUAGUGGUGUUAGUAGUGUGAAAUCUAGUACAAGUAGAAGCCAAAGCAAAUAUGAAAGCUUUAGGAAAACUGUUACUAGUGUUGAUCAAAUGAAGUCGGACUUUGAUUUGUACUUUGAGGAGGCAGUUGAAGAAUGGAAUGAGCCGACUCAGUUUGAUGCAAUUGGAUGGUGGAAGAUGCAUAGGAUGAAGUAUAAGAUCCUAUCAAAGAUGGCUUGUGAUGUGCUAUCAAUUCCCAUAACCACAGUAGCUUCAGAGUCUGCCUUUAGUGUUGGUGGUAGAGUUAUUGAUCCACAUCGUGCCUCUUUAGGAGUGGAUACUGUGCAAAUGCUACUUUGUGCCGAAGAUUGGCUACGAGCUCGCUACGAGAUCAAGGGAAAAGCCAAGGACAAAGAGAAUACCAAAGAGAUCACUUUCACUUAAGCAUGUCAUCAAUAGAAUGGUAGUGACGCUUUGCUAGAUUGGAGAGAAUCUACAAAAUCAAUGCUUCUCUUAUAUAGUAGUUUUUGGUGUGUAUGUUUGGACUUUUUAAUGUUCUUCUAGUUACACAAGACAUUUUAAUUGUUUGGAUUGUUGUUUAAAUUAUGUUAUUUUGGCAUGCAUGUACAUUUGUUAGAAUGAUUUUUAUUCGUAUUGAUGCUUGUUUUGGACGAUUGAUUAGAAUAUAUAGAAAAUAAUUUUUCUUUGA